UGGAACAAAACAGAAAACCAGUAACCAAUUUUGGGGUACCGAAAAUAUUGCGGAACUGACGUUCAAAAACCCUAGAGGUCGUCGUCAAAAAUCAAACAUUUAUCUGAGUUCUCGCUUUACUUCUUUUCGGUACCAUAUUUUUCCAUUAAGAAAAGCUUGUAUAAUAACACGAGAGCGGCUGCCAAUACUAGCAUUGGUAAACAGGGGAAUAACCAUUCAAAACCGACGCGACACGUAUUAUAUGGUAAUUUACACAAUUCCCCAGGGUACAAUUCUCCCCGAGGUAAGGUCCAACGGUGGAAAAGUCGAAUAAAAGGAAACUGGAGGCGCUAAGGUUUGACUUUCUUUGGCCAUCACCUAAGUCGCAUAGCAAUUGCAGCGAUAUUUUCAUUUCUUAAGCUUACUAACUUGUAGCUUAUAUUGUCAGGGGCCACCCCUCCCUAAUGAGUUGGCAAUCGUAAGGGGUACUCCCGGAACACUUCCUACGCCAUUACUCAUCGUAUCAAGCCUCCGGGAAUUACAAUUCAUCACGUCCCAAGAAAUUACUAUCCCUGCUGCAGUUAAAACUUGGUAUGAUCUUCACUCCACAAUCACCAGAAAGAAAGCAAAGGAAAAGAUGCAACAUUUGCGUCGGUGAAAGGCGAGGUGUUUAACCAUCAACAUAAUUAUAUUAAGCAAUGUGAAAAGAUGCUCUCUACACUUCACGAACAUCCCUUGGAGCAAGUUGAUCCUUUGGAAGUGUACCAAGCAUAUGGAGGACGGUGGAAGUGUGACCACUGCAAUUCUGAAAGUGAUACAAUGGGUCCAUUUCCCUUCCAUUGUAGACUGUGUUCUUUUGACCUGUGCCAUUCUUGUAUGUACAUGCAACAUCUGGGAAACAACUUAAUCCAUCGGCAUCAGCUGUAUUACAUGGAAACCAGCCGACUGCCGGUUUAUCAAAAUGAUAGAGGAAUUUGGCGGUGCGAUGUGUGCAAAAAGACAAGUGAUGAAUUGAGAGAAACAUUCUCAUACCACUGCCCAACCUGCGGUGACUUUGAUGUUUGUCGUAGCUGUAACGAGCCCAAGAGGCACCCUAUCCAUGUUCAUGAACUUAAAGUGGUUGACACAUCACUAAUCUAUCUUCAGUCUGGUGGGAACUGGGUUUGUGACAUCUGUGGGAAUAUGAGCAGGCCAUAUGAAAACUUCUCUCACCAUUGUGGAGAAUGUGAAUUUGAUGUGUGUCAGAACUGUUUUAGGCCGCAUACUACUCCUCUACAUGAACACCCGCUGUAUAGGGCAGACUCACAUUGUGUGUAUGCUCAGUUCAAUGGUGGCUGGCGAUGUGAUCGUUGUGGAUCUGUGCACAAUAACCCCACAGAUAACAAGCCAUGGCAUUGCCAAACAUGCGAAUUUGAUCUCUGUCAUGCGUGUAUGAGUACAGCAAUUGAAGCUGCUGAUGAAACUGGACCAUCACCAGGACACUUAGGCAGAAACAGGGGAUUUGAUAUGUCAAGAACAGGUUUGCGUACAGUAACUCAUCACCGUUUUGAAGGGCGACAACCACAAGAGAACCCUUGGGUUACUAGAGAUCGUUUAACACCAACACCAUCCAGUGAGUCUGCUUCACAGAUGCCAUUUGUAACAGAAAAAGGCAACACUCUUGCUUUUCCAGAAGAUACAGAUGACAAUUCCAAGUGCAUCAUUUGCAUGGAUCAACCCAAAAAUGCCACCGUGAUCCACGGUGACACAGGACACUGCUGUUGUUGCUGGGCCUGUGCACAAGUACUCAAGCAAAGGGGGGACCCUUGCCCGAUUUGCAGGGCCCCUAUUGAUCACGUGAUCAGGCAGUUCAAUGCUUGAAGUUAGUAUUUUAUUAGUAGUAUUUUUUAUUUCCUCCUUUUCAACAACUACAACCUGUUGAAUAAUUUAAAAAAAAAGACAAAGAAAAGGGAGAAGGGUAUAAGAGAGCGAUCUAGUUAGAUGCUCGUCACGUAAGACUACAUUUUUGGAUAUAGUAAAACACAAGCGAUACAAAUAGAAGAGAAGGAAUAAGAAUCACACCUUAAAACGACAAAUAUAUGUAAAUAGCGCAUGGUCAAAGGAAGACAUUAAUUAGCACGGAGAAAAGUAAACCAAGAAAAAUGUUCCUUUGAAAAGUUUUCUAUUGGGCUUCUCCCGCUUAAAUAUAGGAAUAUUAUUCUAAUAUUAGUAUCCCAUAACUGUUGGACAGAAUCUUCUGUCCAACAGUUUUGUAUUUAUUCUGAUGGGACUAGGGUUCAAGUGAUGUAAAUUUAAGCACCAUGUAAGGUCAGUUGAUGUGCGACCCUUCUAGAGGGUACACUAUACCUGAUAACGCGAUUUUUUCUUUUGAAUCGUGAUUUGAUUUUGUCUUUAUCGGUGAAUCGUGAUAAAAAAUAAGAUCUAUUCAUGUCAACGAGAACUAAUUUUUUUAAUUUAAACGUGACUCGUGAAUGAAGACCUAAAUAAACAAUGAUUCGCGAACAAUUUUCGUUUGCGUGAUGAAUUCCCGGCCAUUUAAUUGUUUUGAAAGUGUACGUAUUAUUCUCGAAAGGACUUCAUAAGGAUCGUUAAGUCUGAAAACAGACCACUAAUAGUCCUUGAAAAAAUGAAAUGUGUCAUUUCGCCAUCUUUAGUCACUUAAGACUGGUAAAGACCAGAAGAAAGUAAAAAUAUGUAUUCGUGAAUAUGACUUCAUUUUUAUGUGAAACGUGAUCGUCUCAAAUUUCGCGUGAACGUGAACAAAAUUUGAAUAUUGUUCGUGACGCUCGAAAAGGCCAAAUAUUUUUACGUGCUUGAGUUUUAUAAUGGUAUAGUGGUCCCUCUUUCCAAAGAUACACUUUGAGUGUCAUAAUCAUGUAGCUCGGUCACUAACGGGAGAUUUAAGUUUGAAUGUUUGUCAGCAUUAAAAUAGUCAUAAAGAUGUAAAGAUGUAUUGAGUUUGACAAUGUCAGGAACUUUCAAAAGUCUCAAAAGCAGUAUAAUGAGGAGUUAUUGGUUCCACAACAGGAAUGUUAUUGAUUAUGCUAACCGGUUUGUUUUGUAAUUUUACUCUUUUAGAAAGUAGACCAUCGCAGUUAUUUCCCCAGAGUGCACAAGCAUAUCUAAGACAUAGAUAUCUAAGAAGAUAUUAAAUACAUCUUGUUGACAUAUUCAGAUUUUUACUUAUUUCACCACUUAUGUAUUAAUAUGGUUACAGUAUGCCAAGUUAGAGGACAGUCUAUGGAAUCACCUUGAUACUUGAUAAAUGGAGAUUGCUCCAGACAAAUACCUCAGUACUCUUAAAUAUUUUUUCUUGUUAUUGUCUUUAACUUUUCCUUGAGGAAGUCUGUGAUAGCCUCCAGAACAGGUGUAAUUUGGUUUUCGUUCUCCAGGCAAACAUAGACAAGUGCAAGGUGAGCGCGAAGUGUGACUUGCGCUUCCUCGCGCAUGACUCGCGCUCGCCUCGCACUUUCCUUCGGCCGCCU